AUGCGUCCUGGCUCUCCAGCAGCAGCAUCAGGAGAGAGGAGGAUGGCGGAGGAUGGGAAAGAAGAGUCGGUGGCUACUGACGACGAUUCAGAGCUCACAGCCGCAGACGGGACGGGUAGUUUAAACAACACGAUGGUGGAUGAAGGCUCCACACUCCUGCGUAGGAUGGAGAUCUGUGUGGCCGAGGCUGAGAAAAGGAGCGGCAAAAACUCAGUAAACAUGCAGGAGACGUUCACCGUUUACCUCAUCGAAACCCGGCCCAUGGACGCGUUGGCUGAAGGUCGUAACCCAGCCCCCGACUCUCUGUGGAGGAGAUACAGUGAAUUUGAGCUGCUGCGGAACUACUUGAUAGUUACCUAUCCAUACAUCGUGGUGCCCCCUCUGCCAGAGAAGAGGGCAGAGUUCGUGUGGCACAAGCUGUCUGCAGACAACAUGGAUCCAGACUUUGUGGAGCGUCGCAGGGUCGGAUUGGAGAACUUUCUGCUCCGUGUGGCCUCACAUCCAGUCCUCUCCAAUGAAAAGAUCCUCUACCACUUCCUCACUGAGGAGCAUGGCUGGAAGGAGGUGGUGUAUGAGACAGGAUUCCAAGCAAAGGCGGACUCCAGACUGAGAGCUUUGAGCGCCACCUUCAGGGUGAGAAAUCCUGAUAAACGCUUCUUGGAGAUGAAGCAUUACAGCGAUGAGCUGCAGUCACACACAUCUCAGCUGCUCCGAGCACGAGCAAGGGUUGCAGAUCGACUCUAUGGUGUGUACAAGGUCCAUGGAAACUACGGGAGAGUCUUCAGUGAAUGGAGCGCCAUAGAGAGAGAGAUGGGGGAUGGACUGCAGAGUGCUGGUCAUCACAUGGAUGCAUACGCUGCCUCAAUAGAUGACAUCCUAGAAGAAGAGGAGCAUUAUGCAGACCAAAUAAAAGAGUAUCUCUUCUAUGCUGAAGCUCUAAGGGCAGUGUGCAGGAAACAUGAGCUGGCCCAGUUUGAGCUGGAGAUGGCUUCUCAGGAUCUCAUCUCCAAAAAGCAGCAGCGUGAGGAGCUGGCGACAGGGAUUGUGCGGACGUUCUCCUUCAAAGGCAUGACCAACAAGCUUUUCGGCCAGGAGGCUCCCGAGCAGAGGGAAGCUAGGCUGAAGCUGCUGGAGGAGCUGAUAGCAGAGGCAGAAGACACCGUCAAGGAGAAAACAGUGGAGUGCGAGGAGCAUGUUGAAAAGGCGUGGGUAGACAUGCAGCGCUUUAAGGAGCAGAAAGACAAAGACCUGCGGGAAGCUCUCAUCAACUAUGCCGUCAUGCAGAUCAGCAUGUGCAAGAAGGGAAUACAAGUGUGGAGCAAUGCCAAAGAAUGUUUCCUCAAGAUGUAAAAGUGAAAGCCAUACUCGGAUGAUUUGCACCCUGUGUGGAUGCUGGGAAAUGAUGCCAGCAUCCUCUCUGUCUCUCUCUCUCUCUCUCUCUCACUCUCUCUCUCUCUC